CUUGCCUGAGACUGGUAUUUUAAACCUUGUAGUGUGUAAUUCAGGAGAAGAAUUCAUUGACCUUAAAAUCACAAGAGGGAUGGAAAACUUCUGGAGGGCAGUGAUCAUCCUGAGUGCCUACAUCGCUGCAGCACACAGUCUUCAGUGUCGGCAGUGCCCUGUUGGAAUAUUUGGGGCUUGUUUCUUCGGAAGUGACCUCACAUGCAACAAUGCAACUGAGAGCUGCUACCGCGGUGAAGCACAGUUCAAUGCUACGGGUUCGAUCACCCUACACAUCCGUGGCUGCUUGGACUCUGACCUGUGUGGGAAGACGCUGACCGGCACCAUCUUUGGGGCUGGUUACACCAGCAGUUUCCAGUGUUGUACAACCGAUCUGUGUAAUGGAGCCACUUCUGUACAGCUCCCUCUGACUGUUAUUCUCUGUGCUGCCAUCCUGUCAUCUCUGUGGGGCACAUGGGAGUUGUAGUUUUACAAGUUCUGUUUGUUUCCAGGGUUCACAACGUAGAUUCUGAUGCACUAAGUCUGAUUAUAAGUAAAAUGAAUCAUUAUGAUGGUAAAAGUUGAAAUACA